CUCGCUAAGUCAGAAUCCGUUUGCAUCUUUGUUUCGUGCAAGAAUUUGUCUUUUCUAAUUUUUGCGUUCGUUCCUGUUCUGGGUUUUUCAGUGAAUUUGUGAUUAGUGCAAUUGGCUCCACUUUGAUUGUUAGUAAUUUAGUGAAGAAAUCAUGGAGAAGAUGAGUUGUAAAAAGAGUGAAAACUUGAUUAAGCAGGAUGAAGAGAUUCUGACAUUGGGAGCCAUAUACUCGAGUCAGUUUACGCCUGGUCGAAGGAAUAAAAGAAAGUUUAGAUUAACUUUUAAGGAAGUUUCUGCCACAAGCAACACGUUCUCAUUAGUGUUGAAAAUCGAGUUGCCCCCUGAGUACCCCAGCCACGCUCCACCUAUCUACAACAUUGAUGCAUCAUGGUUGAACCACAGGGAAUUGGACAAGUUGAAGAAGAUGCUCACUGACAUUUAUUGUGAGAACAUUGGAGAGAAUGUCAUUCACAUUUGGUUGGAAAGAAUCCAAAAAUUUCUGAAGGACAUUAUCAAUCCAGAUACUACGGAGAAAACUACAAAAAACACUGGAAAAUCAUCAAAAAAUUUUGAAAAAAGAGCGGGAAACAGUUUAGAAAAGAAUGCUGGUGGGCGUGCGGAUUGUGAGAAUGAAUGUGACUUCAAGUACCAACCCUACGUCCCUAACCUUCAGGAAGCUCCCGAAACCAAACCGGAAGAUGUGCUUCCCACGAUCCACCACGGCCAGUCAAUCAUCGACAGGAAGAGUGAGUUUCAAGGACAUCUGGCUUCUAUUUGCCAUCAGAAACAGGUGCAGAUGGUUGUGAACAAGCUGAAGGAGAAUAACAAGAUAAAUUCCGCCAAACACAACAUCGUUGCUUACAGACUCGAGACUGGGGAUGGGAAGGUUAUUGCCGAUUCCUUUGACGACGGAGAACACCAGGCCGGGGGCAGGAUGCUUCACGUCUUGGAACAGAUGGACGCGAGAAACGUGAUGGUGGUGGUUACUCGUUGGUUCGGAAACAUCCUACUAGGACCAGAUCGCUUCAAACACAUCAACUCCUGUACUAGAGACAUACUGGAGGAGCAUGGGUAUCUACAGCAUAAGCUUCCAAAGAGGACCAAAAAAUCACCCCAAACUGUCACAGCAGUAAUUGAUCCCACUAAAAAUCAGAAAAAAAAGUCCAAAAGAUGAUUAAUAAUACUCAUUCCUUUGUAUAUUGUCAUAAUGUUACAUAAUGUAUGUGUUAUGCUGGUAUUGAGAUGUUUGUAUAGGUAUAGACAUAUCCAUGCGUAUAAUAUGUCUUUGGUGUGUGUGUAUUGUUUUAAUAUUGUUAGCACAUCGUAAAUGUUAAGUACAUAUUAUAUAUUGUCUUAUAUAUAACAUCAUGAACGUAAUGUUAUAAACGUUGUAAUGUUUUGUAUAUGUUGUAAAAAUAUAGUCAUGAACUCUGGAAAAAA